AUGGACUUCCAAGGUGGGGGCCUGGAAGGCUUGCUGGGGGCCUUAGGGGGAGCUGCUGGUGGAGCUGGAGGCCUUGAGGCGAUAUGGGAGAACCCGAUGGUCACCAGCAUAGCCUUCCAUCCUAGCAAGGCAGAGCCACAGUUCUUGGAUUCCACCGGAGCUGUAAGGGAUGGAACUUUUGAGAUGUCCGACGGCACGAAGAUCAGCUACCGCUUCUAUGUGCCGCCGGACGCAGCCGGCGUAAAAGCCGUGAUCUAUUUCUUUCAUGGCAAUGCAGAAGUCUGCACUGCCCUGGAUGACGUCGCCGAGAUGCUCCACUCCUGUGGAGCGGCCGUGCUGUCCGUCGACUACCGGGGAUAUGCCUGGGGAACGGGCCAGCCCAGUCUGAAGAAGCUUUGCCCGGAUGCAGAGCAGUGCUUCCUUCAGAGUGAAGCGUUGCUGCAGGUUGCCGGGGUGGGUGAGGCCAAGAGGGUUAUGCUUGGCCGCUCCAUCGGCGCCACCUGCGCAGUGCACCUUGCAGCAAAGCAGGCGCGACGAGUACAUGGGCUGAUCGUGGAUUCGGGGUUAAUGUCGAUCAAGCAGAUACCAACGGUGAGCAUGCUGGCACCGAUGGUCUUUCAAGGUCAGACAGAGAAGUUUGCCAUGCUCCCGGAGCCCUUCGAUACGCUGGGCAAGCUGUCAUCCGUUGGGUGCCCGGUCCUUGUAAUGCAUGGGGACAAAGACGAGAUCGUGCCUUACCAGCAGGCUGUGCAGUGCCAUGAGAAGCUGGCGACUGGGAGCAAGAAGCUGCAAUGCUGGAUAGGUGCUGGGCACAACGACUGUUGGGCUCUGUAUUUCGAGGCAUGGAAGCAGGAGGUCAAAGCUUUGCUGGAGCAGGCCGCGAGUUUCGAGGUCGCUUUCCCAGCCGGGGCCAUGGUAGAGACGCACUCUCUGUCCACGGAGACCAUGAAUGGGAUACAGGGGCGAGUGCUGGGACCUCAAGGAGAUCGCUUCCGAGUGUCUCUUGGGGAGCACGGCGAGAAGGCUUUGAAGCCCGGGAACUUGAAGAUCGUGGACGUGGAGCCGGAGAAAGGAGUUCUGGACUUUCCCGUUGGGGCAACGGUGGAGGCCCACUCCCUCUCCGCGCCGACCUUCAAUGGACUCCAGGGCAAGGUCUUGGGAGAGCAGGGCGAUCGCAUUCGGAUUGACUUCCUGGAGCAUGGUCAGUACCUCGACGACCCGGACGCACUGGUGGCCCAGAGCUGUGAGGUUGCACUCGCCACCAUCGCAUACUGGCGGGCAUGGGAGGACAUUGCAGAGGGCGAGGGACAGCUGGCUGUAGUCUUUGCCUUGUCCAAGAACGCAUACUUGCCGGAUCUUGCAGCUACCUUCGAUCGCUUCAACAUCAGCGCAGAGUUCUACGCCACGCAGUGGUUCUUGACGCUCUUCGCCUAUUCGCUUCCCUUUCCUCUGGCCGCGCUCGGUGUCCAGAUGGCGAAGAGGCAGAAAGCGGCCCUGCAGUUUGGCAAAAACAAAUGGCUGGGCGGCGUGCUUGGCCUAGAUGGCAACAUCUAUUGUAUACCUUGUAACAAAGAUGCAGUGCUUCAGAUCUCCACCUCGGACAGUCACAUAUCUACUUUCGGAAGCUUCGCGGAACGGGGCACCUUCAAAUGGUCCCGGGGUCUGAUGGCAGGCAACGGCAAUAUUUUUGGAAUUCCAGCGCGUGCAAAGUCAGUGCUGAAAAUCUCGCCUACCACGAAAGAGGUUAGCACCUUCGGCAGUCUGCCUGAGGGGAAGUGGAAAUGGCAUGGAGCUGUUGUUGCGCCGGAUGGUGCCAUCUAUUGCAUUCCAGCCGAAGCUGAAUCGGUUCUGCGAAUUGACCCGGAAAGUGAUCGAGCCGAGACAAUAGGUGACAAAAUGCCCGGACGAUGGAAAUGGUACGGAGGCCUACUGGGCUCUGAUGGCUGCAUCUACGGAAUGCCGUACUAUGCCAACAGCGUGCUGAAGAUCGACCCUCAAACAGGCAAGGUGACCACCAUCGGCAACUUGCCGGAGGGUAGCUGGAAGUGGCAUGGUGGGGUGGUUGGUUCAGAUGGAGCCAUAUAUGGAAUUCCUGCCCAUGCAGAGACAGUUCUCAAGGUCAUUCCUGCCACCGGCGAGGUUAAGACCAUAGGAGGCCCUUUCCCUGGCAAGUACAAGUGGCUUGGGGCUGUGCUUGGCAGCAACGGCUGCAUCUACGGCAUCCCGUACAACGCACAGUCGAUCAUGAAGAUCUCUCCCGACGCAGAGGACGUGGAGUUGAUCGAUGUACCGCUCAAGGGGAGAAACAUGUGGCAAGGUGGUGUACUCGGCCCUGAUGGAGCUGUGUACUUCAUCCCGAGAUGGGCUCAGCACGUCUUGAGGAUCAAGGACGACAGGGUGUCCGUCGUCCGAGGCGAUCCCAUUGCUGGUUGGAACAAAUUUCAAGGAGGUGUACUUGCCCAGGACGGUUGCAUGUACGGAGUCCCGCAAGAUCUGGAUGCGAUUCUCAAGAUCCAGCCGGUCACCAAUCGCCUUCUCAGCGAUCUGGAGCAGGCGAUCACGACUCCGGCCACCAGCAGCGGCCGGGACAUUCUGCUUUGGUUUCGUGGACGUGGACGUGCUGCUUUGUUUUUCCCCUCUCCCAUGGGAGUUGGAGCUGCCUCCGCGGUACGACCCACUGCCGCUUUCUUCCGAGCAGAGAAGGCUCGCUCGGUUCGCGAUGGCUCGCCGAAAUCCAGACCGGCCAAAGUUGUAGAUCUGGCAUUUCUGGAGGCCACGCUUCCUGCACCCCGGGUGCCAGCGGAUCCGCUCGUCCCCGGACCUCGCAGCCCAGAGCCGGCGCCGAAAUGGCCCAACGCGCCUCGAAUGCUUUGA